CUGAUCACGGACGGACUGGACGGCUUGCGCGACAGGCUGGCGGAGUAUUACGAAAUCGGAGCGCGCUUCACCAAGUGGCGCGCUGUCAUUACCAUCGGCGACGGCAUCCCCAGCCAGUAUUGCAUAGACGCCAAUGCACACCUGCUCGCUCGCUUCGCCGCCCUCAGUCAGGAAGCCGGACUCGUCCCCAUCGUCGAGCCAGAGACGCUUAUGGACGGCGACCACUCCAUCGAGCAUUGCCACGAAGUAACGCUGAACGCGCUUCACAGUACCUAUGACCAAUUAGCCCGCCAGCGUGUGGACCUGCGCGGCACGCUGCUCAAGCCCAACAUGGUCAUAUCCGGCAAAGAUGCCGCCGAGCGCGCAGACGCCAAUGAGGUCGCCGAGCGCACGCUUGACGCUCUUAUGCGCGAAGUUCCUGCCGCAGUGCCGGGUAUAGUCUUCCUCAGCGGUGGUCAGAGCGACGACGAGGCUACGGAAAAUCUGGACGCAAUCAGUCGCGCCGCAGAAGGAAUGAACACGCCUUGGGAGCUCAGCUUCUCUUACGGACGCGGCUUGCAGGCGGCUCCACUUCAGGCUUGGGGCGGCAGUGCGGCGAACACCGAGGCGGCCCAGCAGGAAUACUACCGCCGCGCAAUGCUCACAAGCGCCGCUCGGCAGGGCAAGUACACACCUGACAUGAGCGCAUAG